CUUUGAAACGUUGCUAAUCCAAAUUCUCAAUUUCUCGGAGGACUUUCCAAAAGCGCGCCUAAUCGCCUGUGUUAGAUUUUAGAACCACAGCAAGCCCAAGCGCGUUCGUAUCUGCGCAAGUCUCUCUCUACACAAGCAGCAAUGGCGUCCUCGCCCCCUCCCUCCGAAGUUCAACUUCUUCGACCUUCAAAAGUUGAAUCUCAGCUCUCAGCUGUCGUCUACGAUCUCUCACAGCAGGUGCAAUCAGCAAUGGAAAACAUGCUUAAGAUGAUAAAUGAAAUUGAUCAAAACUCCACUGGAAUAACGGAAGAUAUAGAGAAGAGUAAAGACUCUGCUCUUGAGAGGAAGAAAACUCUGGAGGAAGAGAAGGACCGUUUUCAGAGAACUGCUUACUCUGUUCUGGACAUGCUCAACAACAGGGAGAUCAGAUAAAAGCUGUAGGUUGCCGUUGGAACUUUGUAAAGACAAUGGUCAUGUUCUUUUGUCGGAAAGGUAUGAAGUAUUGGAGAAGUCUCCACGCUUGGUGCUGCAUAAUAUCAGUCAUACAAUAGAGACCGGGAUAAUAAUUUUAGAUAUUAUAUAUGUAUAGAUCGAUCUGAUAGAUGGUUCUUUCUAUCAACUUGAGAUUUGCUUCAAAUUGGAUCCAUAUUUCUCGUAUUAUCUGACAAUUUCGUUAGUUGAAUGGAUUAUGGACGACCUUUUGUUAAGCAAUUUACCUUUCAAGGAAAUUUGCAUUGAUUGUUGACGAUUCUAAGAUGAAAUGUUAUGUACUAUCUGAGUACGA